UUGCCGGCCGACCCGGAAGAGCUCGGCGCGGCGCGGCAGGGCCCGGCACGGCCCGGCACGGCCCGGCACGGCUCGGCGGCGGAAGAUGGCCGAGUCGCCGGAGGAGGUGGCGGUGCUGGUGCAGCGGGUGGUGAAGGACAUCCGCAACGCCUUCGCGCGGAACCCGCACAUAGAUGAAAUUGGAUUAAUACCCUGUCCUGAAGCCAGAUAUAACCGGAGCCCUAUAGUCCUGGUAGAAAACAAGCUUGGUGUGGAGAGCUGGUGUGUCAAGUUUCUUUUGCCAUAUGUCCACAAUAAACUUCUACUCUACCGACAAAGGAAACAAUGGCUGAACAAAGACGAGCUGAUAGAUAUCACGUGUACACUGCUGCUACUGAACCCAGACUUCACCACGGCUUGGAACGUGAGGAAAGAAUUAAUACUAUCUGGCACUUUAAAUCCACUUAAAGAUUUGCAUCUUGGAAAACUGGCGUUAACCAAGUUUCCAAAGAGUCCAGAAACAUGGAUUCAUAGACGAUGGGUGCUACAACAUCUAAUUCAGGAAAACUCCUUGCCCACUCUUGUGAAUAAAGGAAACUUGGGAGCAGCACCUGUGGAGAGAAUUCAUCGACUAGUGCAGGAGGAAAUGAAUGUCUGCUCUGAAGCUGCUGGGAGAUACCCAAGUAACUACAAUGCCUGGUCCCAUCGCAUCUGGGUUUUGCAGCAUGUGGGAAAGCUGACUGUCAAGAUUCUCCUUGAUGAACUUACUUCCACUAAAUAUUGGGUAUCCAUGCAUGUCUCAGACCACAGCGGAUUUCAUUAUCGCCAGUUCUUACUCAAAUCCUUGAUAAGCAGAACUGUGAAUGAUGAUAAUACACUGGUACGAAAUCAAAUGGUAAAUGAGCAAAACCCUAGUCUUCAAAAGGAGGAAGAAGGUGAAGGGGCAGAAGCUGCCUGUGCAGAGGAGCAGAGCGUGGAUAUCCCCCACUAUUUAGAGGAGGAGUUGGAUCUCUGCACUGAUCUGAUUGACACUUACCCAGGGCAUGAAACCUUGUGGUGUCAUAGAAGGCGUGUGUUCUACCUUCAGCACCACCUAGGCAACAGACUUCUGAGUGCGGUUGUGUCAUCUGUGGACAGCAGUGAUGAAGUUUUUCAUAAUUCACAUCCCUGUCCUGUGACACGUCACAUGGCACAAGCUAUGGAUGUCGAUGGUUUGAGUGAAUCCAGCAGCAAACAAGGUUAUACUCAAGAAACAAAACGGCUGAAGCGUGCUCCUUUGCAGGACUCUUUUGGCCCAGAAACGGAAUACCGGUUCAUUGAUAAAGUUUUAUCAACUUGCAGAGAUGCGGACCAAGCCAGGUUUGCUACUGCUUAUAGGAAAUGGCUAGUUACUUUUUUAGGUCAGUGAAGGAAGUGUUUAAAGCCUUCAGGGUUGUUCUUUUAGUGCAAUAUUCUCUUUUCAAACACAAACGCAUGUCUUCAUUGCAAGUGUUAGCUAACCAUGUGUUUCUCACUCUUUUAAUGGUCAGUCCUAAAAUUGAUACUCAAAGUAGAAGUUUGUCACUUUAUUUAUUAAAGAACUGGCAUACCUUUUUACUAAGCAAGUACAGAUUGUGGUUCUUUAACCUUUUAAGAAGUCACUCUUUUUCUACCUGUGUGCCAGCUUCCUACCAUGACAUUGUCUUAUUUUUUAACCUCUGCAUUAAGGUGGACUCUGAUUCAUGUGGCUUUUAAGAAAAAAAAAAAGUCUUCUUUUGAAACAGAGUGUCUGGAAAAAGAGUAAGAGGAUAUGUCAGUACCAGCUUAACCUGUUUCCAGGUUUUUCCUCUUUACUAUACUGGAUCAUGCUAAAGCUGUAUUGGAUUCAGACUGUAUUCAGUGAGUGCUAUUACUUUUGUAUUAGCUACUUUUGGCAGAAAACCAGACUGCAGUGUUUCUUCCUUGAGGAAGUAACGGUGUUGGAGUCAUACCUUUUAUUACUGUAACUUUUUUUCCCCUAUUAGUUGUCACGAGUUUGAUAAGAAAGUAUAUGAAAUUGAAAUUCUGAAAAGCAGGUGCAUGAAAAUGAACUGUUUUCUGCCACAAGCACAUACACACUUACAGUCAGAGCUAUAUUUGGAAAUAUUUUUCAUAGAACAAACUUUUUAACCUUCAUUUCCUACUUUGUAUUUAUUUAUUUAUUUUACCUCAACAAUCCAGAAUUAAUGACACUUGAUAUGCAUUUCUGAAUGUAUUAUGAACACUACAGAAUAUCAGCCUGCUAAGUCACAAAUUGAUAACUUGUACUUAACCAACACCGUACAAAUCCAAAAGAUGGUGGACUAAAAAGUAAUUCUGCUGACUGGUUGUUGAGACUAUACAAUUCAAAAAAAGACAGCAGGAGGGAGCUCUCUCUUCACUUUUGUUCUUCUGCAGGGCUUCUGUGGUUUGUUUUGUUUCUGAUUUUUUUGUUUUGUUGUUUUUUUGUUUUGUUUUGUUUUUGUUUUUUCCUUUGGAACCCUCUUUCAUUGCACUUCUCCAACCAUAGGACCUCUGUUUACAUAACUACAAAUUUUAAGGGGAUUUGAUAUACAUUUCUGUUUUGGUGGAAUUAAACAUGAAUGGUUUAUUUUGUCAUUACUUUAGGAGUUGUCUAUAUAAGGGAUUUUUAAGGGGAGAAAUAUUGUACAACUGUAGAGGGUUGUACAAUAGCAACAUUGCCUCUGUUCCAAACAGAGAAUAUUCACUGAGGGGAUUAGAUUUUAAAGCUAGAGUCUUCGCCAAAAUUGCUGUAUAUUUCUCCUGCCCAAAGUGCCUCCUGACUACAAUAAGUUUCAAGCUGCUGUUUCUGUUGGGCAGAGAGAGAGAGCAAGAAUGAGAGACUGAGAGACAAGUAGCCUGCUCAAAAAAGUUAUCACCUGAAAAGAAAAAAGGCACUUGAGAUGUGGAAUUCGAACAGGCCUAAAUAAUUUGGUGGAUAGAGGUUACUCAUGCAUUUCAGAAUGAAAAUUUACCUCCUUUGGUCUUAAAGAGGAUGUUCAUAAUCCAUUUCAGCCACAAAGUAGCAAACAGAGACAUUUCUAAGUAUGUGCCCUUCUGUUUAUAGUACCUAGAUACAUCUGACUUAGGCUUGAGGAUCUGCAUGGCAAAGCUUUGUCUCUGUGAGCAUCUACACCUUCCUCUGUAAAGGCAGGGAGAUAUUACAUGGCUGUGUGUUUUGAGAUGAUCUGAAAUGCCACCUUGGUUGAUGUUUUUAGUUGCAGAAUAAUGUAGCUGAUGUGUGAAAGAGGCAUGGGAAUGGCUUGAGAGGAUUAUUAGGUCAUAAGAUGUUUUCUGUGUGACCACUGAAAAAUGGGUACAUUCAGGUACAAACUAGAGUCAACCCAACUCUAGCAAGAAGUUCUACCCAACCCAGAAGAUACAAUGUGUUUUGCAUAUGAAAGAUACACUAAGGCAUAUGCAGUAGCCUAGGUCUGCUUGAUUACAGAUAUCCCAUUAAUGACUGGUAUGAACUUGGAAAGUGUGACAUCAGCUGGCAGUCUAUUAAGGACCAUAUUCAUGGUCCUUAGUUAGGUAGACAGUAACUUAGUUGCAUUUUCUUUGUUUACCUUUGCAAAAAUUACCUCCUCCUAACAAGAACAGAAGCAGACAGAAGUUUUUUAAACUGUGGGAGGGAAGAAAUGCUCCCUUCUUGCACUGGAGUGAUUGAGGCUUUUAGAGGAACUUGUAAGAUUUAUGCCUGACCCUGACUUGAAACCCAUAGUAUAUUUCUUCAGACUAUAAUCUGGAGUCUUAGUUGGCUUUCUUGGAGCUAAAUCAUGGCAGUACUGUACUAUUGAAUUUGACAAUCUUCCUGACAUGAACACUUAAUAUCAAACAACUGCCCUUAAAUGAAUGUGUGCAGUUCCUGUUUUUGUCAGCAGGAAUUAUGCAUGCUUGUAUGAAGACAAGAUUUGGUCCUACAUAACUGAAUAGAGUUUCAUUGUGCUUUUGUGCUUGGAAGAUGUUCUGAGAGCUCUGAUUAGAGGUGGUGCUGAUAUUUUUAUUACUUGCACAGAACACUGGUGGCUGUAGAAUGAAUCCAAAGUGUGAAUUUUUAAAACCUAUACCUGAUGGAAAAAUUCAUUUUUUUUUUUAAUACAAGGAGAAUUGCUGCUUUUCGAAAUGUUUUCACAAUAGACUGCCACACAGAAAAGUAAACAAUGGAAAUGAAUUUGAUUGAAACAAGCCAUGUUUUCCAUUUGGAAAGACAUGCAAACAAUAAGCUGACAACAUUAAAAAAAAAAAAAAGGCUUUAUUUUUUUUUUCACUGUAACAAUGUAAGUUAUAGGGACAAAUAAAAUAGAUAACUAAAUUAUUUCUUGUUGUCAGUGUCUUGAAGCCUCUUACAUGAAAUGAAUGAAGAGAUACUUCCAGCAAAUUGUAUUAAACUCACAAUGGCAUGAUGUUCUGUAACUAUGAUCUUUGGAACACACCUAUUUAGCCAUUCAAUAUUAGUUCAGAGUCCCAUUUGGGCAUGACUUACAGCAAGAGAAGUAGCUCCAGGGCAUUGACAGUUAACAUGCGUAGAGGUUACUGUGUAAAGAUACUUCAGAUAAUGCAUUUUAGUCACUUUGUAUUUCAGAGGUCAGAACAUUUUAAUGUCAAUCUUCUCUGUUUCAUGGAGAAAAUGUCCAAGAGAAACUGCAGAAUACAAGGCUCUAAUUCUCUGUAAGUUCCUUCAGUUAUAAAAUCAAACCUUUAAACAUCUUCAUAUAGAAUUCAGCAUCUUUACUGAACUUAUCUUCCACUGUAGUAUGUCACUUGCGUUGAUGCACAUUCUUUUUGUUCACUGGAUUAAUCCUUGUAGAAAUUUAUUUGUGCUAGAAAUGAAGGGUUUUGAAGAACAAAUGUAAUUUGAAACUGCAGAAAUUAGAAUGGAAAAAAAUCACAGUUUUAAUGGGUUGAAUUUGCUGCUGCUACAUACAUUAGCUAUCAUUUCACUGGCAUUUGGUAUCUUGUGUGUUACAGUCACUGGAGCAACAUGUGCAGCAUUAAAAAUAGCUACAAUAAACCUGUAUAAUGUUAAUGUUGGAGCACAUCACUAUAGCUGCUCUGAUUAAUAUUUGUUAAUCUACUUAAACCUGCAUAUUAGUGUUUUGUUGACUUCUUACAUUCUUUAUACAUUCAAAUCCUUGUGUCAUUUAAAUAUGGGGAAAAGCAAAUAGUUGACACAGUUUAAUUAACUGAUACAGAACUUAUUUUAAGACAAUUAAGCAAAGUGAUAAUAUGGUAAGAAAGCUUAGAAUCUGUUCUACAAUCAACAUUUCUGGCAUUUCUAGUUUUGUGCUAGUCCUACUUUACUACAAUAUGUAGCUAGUCUUUAUGGGUAGGAUUGAAUUUUUUACUAAGUAGAUAAUUAAUUUUUAAGCAGUAUUGUCUAAUAUUGAUGAGCAGAAACAAAGGAUCUUGGAGAAUCUUGUCUGUCUAGCCAGACUUGGCAAGCAUAGUUUUUCAGAAUAACAUAUAGUACAGUGAACAAAAUGUGACUACCACAGAAUAAUUUAAGCAGUGAGUCUUCAGAGAUUUGAUGGACUGAAUUUUUGGACAAGGCUUUUUGCUUUGUUUUGCCUUCAGUGAGGGAGUAAUGAUACUUAGAUUUUAUUUUUUUUAGUAGGAAGUGAACCUUUGCACUCUAGUGUAGGGACAAAAAAAACCCACAACUGUUGGGUUGUAUGUUCUAGAGCAAUUAUGGAAAUCAAGCAGUGAAGUGAAAUGUAGAUGUGACUUUUAAAUGUAUGUUUGUCUUAUAUUCAUUUGGGGAUAAGAGUUCUUUACAAUUGGAACUUAACUAUUCUUUAAUGUUAGAUAUAAGAGAGAUAUAAAUCACCUAUUCUCAAAUGCACUUAACACUCAAGUUAGUUUUAAAGGAAGGUCAGUGUCCCUGUCUAAGAAAAUUUUCCUUCUUUUUUUGCCAUGUAUUCAGAGGUAUGUUUCCUUCAGAACUUCUUGUCUAUUCUUCCAACCAGCAAAAGAAGAAUGUAGCAAAGCAUUGGUGAGGUGGCCUCAUUUCAUGUUUAGAUAACUCUGUCUACCUCCCAAAAAGUGCUCUGAUUAAUGUCCUUAAGGGGAGUUCAUCAGGCUCAGUUGUUUUGGAAACCUCAUGCCAGGCCUAAAUCCUCUUUCAGAGGUGAAAAGCUUUAUCUAUGAAGCCAUCUAGUUUCCCCAGAACAGUUUAAGGGUGUGUGGAGAGGGGUGUUGAAGAGAAAAGAAAAAAAAAAAAAAAAAAAAAAAAAAAAGGUGGUGGUAGAUGCUUCAGGUUGUAGUUAAAUUUGGGAAAACUAGAAUUAGCAUAAACUUUCAUUAGUCUUUUCCUCUGAAAAAGCAAUGUAUUGCUAAAAAAAAUAAUAAAAAAAAGGAGGAAAUAUGUGCUUCCAAGAAAUUUCUUGUAGACAGUUUAUGCUUUUCAAGUAUAAACCUGACACUUUCUAGUGGCUUUUACUUAGUGUGUAAUGUUACUUCUCAGGGCAUAGUCAAUCGUAGUGAAUUAGGGUACAUUUUUACAGUUUAUAAGUAUUGAUUUAAAAACGAAACCUAAAUGCUAAACAUGUAGUAACUGGCUUUUAACAUUUGUCUAGCGUAGUGUUUUAUGUCUACCCACACACUAAUACUGUACCUUACCAUCUCAUCUACAUCAUAUCUUUAUUCUGUAUCUUAAAUUACUGUUGUAGUCUUGCAGGAAGCUCCUGAGAGUUGCUGUGUUUUCUUUAAGUCUCCUACUACAAUUCAGUAGGCUGUUCCGUGUACAGCUGAGUAUCUCACGGGGGCAUAGUCCUAAUGAUGGUGAGCUUUUUACUCUGUAUCUGUGUUGACAUGCUACGUAUCUCAGAUUUUUAUUUUUUUUAAACUCGUCAGGAGCCAAUACUAGAAUUAACAAUGCUUUUAGUUGUUGAUAGCUGGCAUAUGCUUAUUGAUGAUGUAAAUACUCAAAGGUUGGACUAGAUGAUCUUCCAACCUAAGUGAUUCUAUGAUUCUAUUCUGAAAAGUGGAACUCUUACCUGGUCUAGUUUAUUAAGCAUCUUUUUCUGCACCACCUCAAACCUGCUGCUAAUCCUUCUAUAUAGGUGGAGGUGGGGAGGAGCCCACAGCAAAAGGGAGGUGUGUAUUUUGUUCACAGGACAUGUUCUGAAUAGAACAUAAUUAUGGUGAAACAAAGAGCUUUUCUUGGAUGAGGUAUUCCUGUAUGUUCCUUUUGGAAUAGGUAUGUCGCUAAUACAUUAUGAUUCCCUGAAUGAAUGGCUGUGUAGAAUGAAUAGAUAAGUUCCGUGUGUUUUUUUUUGUUGUUCUUCUUGUUGUUUGUUUUAAGCAGAGUAUAGAUUAUGCUAUUACCUGUUGAAAAGUCACAUAAAUGAUGCAAGGUACCAAAACUUGUGUUUUUGUUUUUGUUUUUAAAUAAGACAAAAUAUGUUUAUACCUACUAUGUUAAUUCCCUUUUGUUCCAGUUCUUUUUUGAAGUGUCUACAUUUAAAACUGGGUAGCUAUCUUGUAAAAUGUGCUUGGGAAUGUAUUGUUUAACUUCAUGUAAUAAAAAAUAGUGGAUGUCUUAAAUGGUUUUAAGUAGCAUUAAGAUUCAUGAUAGUGAUAGCACUACAGUAUUUAAGUAUGCCAUUAAACUCUAAUUUUGUAGCACUCUUAUGUACAUCAAAAUACUAUUCCAAGUAGGGCAAAAUGUUUAUUUUAUCAAGAUACGGGAAAAAGUAUUUAAUUCUCACAGCUUUCGUAUUAGGAAAAACAGUUGUUUUUAAACACUAUUUUGCAAUAUUUUUCUAUAAAAAAUUCUCAGAUGCAUAUUUGUGACCAUUGUAAAUUUUUUGAUUUCCAAUGUUGAUAAAUUAGAUAAACGGUAAGUUUUGUAGCAGAAAGAAUAAGAGAACAGUAAAACACUGGAAAGUAAUCCAAUAAAUUAACAGCAUUCUACAGGAUAGUGAUUAUAAAGCAUUAAGUUCAUUUUUCACUGGUCCUACUUUGUUAUAGAAGGAUUUUUUUUCAGGGAUUUUUUUUUCAUUAGUAGAGAUCUGUGAACAAAUGAUCGAUAUUUAUUCUCCCACAGUAAGCAUGUCUGUAUGUACAGGUGGAUGAAUGGCAGCAGAGCCGUGUUCAUGUAACAUCCUGUAAAAAAAAAAAAAAAAAAAAAAAAAAAAUCUCCCACAAAAUCUCCCACAUAUGGCUAUUUUCUGUUGUUAUGUAAUGCUGAUGAUCUGUGAAUAGAACUCUUCCAUGGAAGACCUGACUUAAGCCUCUGGUUCUAGAAAGAUAAUUGCCAGUGUCAAGGUUUGGGAGGACUGGGGAGUGUUCAGUUGGUGUCCUACUUGCUGGAUAGCUUACAAGAGCGCCCCAGGAGGAAAAAGGCACAUUUUUAAUGAACUACUUUAGCAUCAGAGGAGACUAGAAAGAGGAUGUGAGACACAGACUGGCAACUGAAAUUGAUAUUUGAAUGGCAGACAUCAAAUAGUUCUUUUGGUACAUUAUUUUCAAUGUUUUUCCUUUGUCCUUUUGAUUAAAAAAAAAGUCACAUCAAAAACUUUUGAAGUUACUCAUUUUGAAUGCCUUCUGGUUUUGAACUACUGGAUUUGAAAUAUCUCUUACAGGGCUCCUUUUUUUUUUUUUUUUUUUUUUCCAAAACGCUAGCACCUUUGCUCUUUUCUCCUAGACAAUGCCAUUGAUACCAAAUGUUCUAAAAUGAGCAUCUGAAAUCACAAGGCAUUAUUGAAAAUAUUGCUUAUCGUUUUAAAUUCAGAAUUUAAAGCAGGAGCAUUUUCUGCUCGUAUAUGUUUCUUUCGGUUUAUCUUAUUGCUGGGGUGGGAAGGCAGGAGGGAUUUAUAGGAAGCCCUGAGUGGAUAUGUACAAUUUUGGUUCACUUAAUUUGGGGUUUCUUUAGAUCUAAAGGCUUAGUAUGAGCAAGUAAUAAAACCUUUAGAGUCUUUUCACAGAAACAAUUUGCAGGAUGUGGUACUUUGUUACCAGUUUGCCUGCUUCAUUUUAGGAUAGAACAGAACAGAGCAGUUCAGUUAGAAGGGACCUACAAGGAUCACCAAGUCCAGCUGCCCAACCACUUCAGGGCUAACCAGAAGUUAGAGUAUAUUAAUGAGGGCAUUGUCCAAAUGCCUCUUGAACACUACGGGAGAAUCAGCCACCUCUCCGGGAAGCCUGUUUGACCACCCUUGGGUUUGACCACCCUUGUGGUAAAGAAAUUUUUCCUCAUGUUGAGUCUGGUCCUCCCCUGGCACAGCUUUGUGCUGUUCCUGUGCAUCUUGUCAUCGGUUAUGAGGUAGAAGAGACCAUUUUUACUUCUGCUAAAAUGAGUGACAAAAUUCCCUCUGAUUUCAUUGGCAAAGAAUUGGGCCAUACUGCAGAGAGGGCAUCAGUCACUGCAUGGUAGCUUUGACAUACUUAGUGUGAUGGAUUGUAAGUGACCCCAAAAGGUCAUAUCUAUGACGUCACAAAAUCUGUUAGGGUAAUGUAUAGUCAUUAUUGCUGUGGUUGAGGAAAAACUGUUCAGGUUCUGGAGUAUUACUGGUUUAAAAGGGCAGCUAGAGACUGAUACGGGUACUACCCAGGUACCAAGAGCUAGGAAAACUUUUUUGUGGUUGAGAAAAGUUUCAUACUUUGUACCUGUGUGCUAACAGGGUAACACAUAAAGAGUUCUAGGAGGUAUUAUAUAUCAAGAUGUGCAUACAGGUCAGUGAGUGUGCAAAAUUCUUAGGGACAAAUGGUGAGCUUGUAGGCAACAUGUAACAACUGGUGCAACACUGAAGGGAGAAAGUCUUAAUAAAUGGUAAAUGGCUUAAGUUUUACUGUUCUCAAAGUGUGCUGUAUACGUUUAUGGUGCAACAAUAAACUGCACGUUUGUCACGCUGUCAUCUCACAGAUGCUUAUAAUUAAGUAACAAAUUUACUUUUUAAAAUGCAUCUACUUAAUGUUGAUUUGAGAUGUUCUAGAAUUAUUUGUUGGUAUCUAGUACUAGAUCUUUUCCUCUUUUUAAUCCUUCUCCAAUGGAACCUAGCCAGAUACAGAUUUUCAUCGUUACAAACCUAGCUUUGCUGUAAAGGGAAGUUGAAAUUCCACCAUAUCAAAUGUUCAGAUCUCUGGUGUCCAGUUAGAAACAUAGGAAGACAUCCUAACAUCGCUUUCCAGUUGUGCACACUGAGUUUUACCUUGUUUAUCUUGAAUAUUUUCUAUUGCAUGUUAAUUAUAUUUUUACAUAUUCUAGUAGUACAAAAUAUAUUUAAAAAAAAAAAAAAGAACUUCCCUAGAGCCCUAACCAUUCUAUGCAGAUGUCUUCCAAAAUUGACAGGUACAAUUUUAGUGGUGGUGGUGAUAAAUGGAUUUUUUUUUUCACUUAUUUAUCAGCAGAUUUGUUUUUAUAUGUAUUAGUGAUAGAAUGUACUAAGCACAGCUGUAAGUUAUUGUAUUUCUGUAGAAAAUGGAAAAUAGUUUAAAAUUGUUUUUGUUACAUGUUGGCAGUUUUUAAAUAAAGUUUUCAUCUCCUAAAAA